AUGGAACACGCUUCCCUUCUCGAUGGCUGGUUGGCUCUCGCAGCUGAAACACGCAGAGUCGACAGAAUCUCUGCAGCACUAGGGUUGGAUUCGCCGGCCCUUCAAAAUUCUCCGUCGAGCUUGGGCUCAUCCUGCGGCUCAUCUGGUCUCAAUACACCCUCACAAAAUGCCUUCCGGAUUUUACCUUUUUUAAAUGAUAUUUCACCCGAAUUCCUGAACGCCACGUCAAUUAAAGCUAAAAAUUCAUCAUCGACGAGACCUCACCCUCAAUCUAAAACCAAUAACAAUCGCCAUAACCCAUUGUCGGCACACGGUCGCCGACCGAGCGCGAGCAAUCCUUCACGACCGCUAGGAAGAGGUGGUUUGUCCACAUCAUCUGUACCAACAGCCCCUUCACUGGCUGUAUCACGAAAAGAGUCUCCAACUCCCUAUGACUCCACACUACGUCGACCUCCUUUGGCCAAUAAUAGAAACGUCUCGUAUCCCACCUGGCCAGCUCCCAAGCCCGUCAACCCGUCCAGUAUUCCCAGUGAGAUGAAUGGUGUUGGUCGUCAAGUACAAGGCUCUCCGUAUCCUCCAUCGUUCGAGUCUAGAGACCUUCGGUCACCCUUUCAACCAAAGAGUCUAAAUGGAAAGUCUUCACCCAAUCUAUUUCCUCCCAUUCAAGACUCGUACUCCCCACAACGAUCUGUCAGACACUACAGUUACCAGUACGCUUCUCGACCCGUUGCGAUCACGGAUGCUGUCUCUCCCAUGUUAUCUGAGCCAUUUCACAGGCUCAUCGUGAAGGAUGAAGAAGAGAUGAUCGAUUUAUCCUCAAUGCCGCCGACUACGUCGGACAGAGGCGCCCAUGGUGGGCGUGGGGGAUAUCACGACAACACUUCUCAAGUCUCCUCUCAUGUGCCUCGUCCCAGAAAGGAAAACAAUAUCAAUAUGGUCACAGAAGACGAGGAGGAAGCCUCUGGGAAAAAGAAAAAUAACAGGAGGAGGAAGAGGGAAGAGGGAGAAGGGGAGGAAGGGAUUCGGACAACCCAAAAAGAGAAGGAGAAAGCCCAGGUGUAUGACAAUCUGUAUCAGGAAGAACAAGAUGAAGUGAACGGCUUUAUACGAGGAAGAAUUGGGUGGGAUAAAGGACAAAGCAAACGAGAUGGAGUUGUAAAGGAGUGUGAGUUGAUGACUAGAGAGCAUGUCAGUGGACCGAGUCAAACGGAGAACCAAAAGGGCUCACCUCUGACAGCCUGUCGCAGGAAGAGUUUGCACCGUUCAAUAUACGGUAUCUCGUAUCCUGCCAGAGUCACGAGACACCGAUGUGCGAUGACUGAGAAGAGACACUUAGCGGCCAGGGAUACUAGUUGUGGCAGAUUUGUGGGUGCACAAGGUUACGUCUCCGCUUUACAGGAAUACGCUGCGAGUAUCCCCGUCGGCGGCAGAGCGAAGACGGAGGGUAUGGUUGAUAUUGAAGAGACGGUUGAAUAUAGGCUAAUAUGCCAAGAAAGAGCACAGGGGUGGGUGGGGGGUUGGGACAGUCAAGGUUUAGUGGGUUGGAGCAUAAGGCGACGUAAAAUGAAAACGUCCAAAUCGUGA